AUGUUCUCGUGUAUCCGCGUCUCUCCUUCUUUUCUGGUGUCUUACUCGCACUCUCUGAGUGAGGCCCACGCGCAGCGAGGGAGAUCCACAGGGCGUGAGAAGGUUUGGGGGAAGGGCAGAGAGGAGUGGGUGGGCCACUUUUGCGGCGAAGGGGAGGGUGGGAGCCUCACCACAUACCGGACUGCGCGAAACACGUUUGUGGGGAUGCAGCUGGGGGGGUCGCCUCCCACUGAGGGCGGUGCGCGGUUCCGCGAUGCUGUGACGGGCAUGCACCACGCCGCGACCCAGCGGGCGCGCCUGCUGGAGGAUCUCGCGACGCUUUGCAAGGCGCUUGUCGUUGAUGUAAACCGCUUUGCGUCGCGAGAAGCGGCGAAUGGGUUGGGGGACGUUUCCAGUUGCAAGGCCCCCCGCCUCUGCGCUCUGGAGGCGCUGCGGCAGCUGCGGCCAAACACGGCGCAGGGCGGGGUCGACCGUGAAACGGCGGGCCUCGCGUCUUCGCGGCAUGUGACAUUUCGGGCAUCUGCGUCCGCGUCCUCUUCACGGGGCCCCGCAGAGCCGCACCCAACAAGGCGAAACUCAGCAGCGACUGGGGACGGAGUGUCUCCUCGGUCACGAGACGGCGAGAGUCGGAAUGCCAAUUUAGAGUCGUUGCUGCGGCCGCGAGAGCCACUUUCAUCGUUGGAGGCGGCCAAGAACGGUGAGAACAACCACCCGCUGCUCGACAUGAUGCAGCGUCGAGACGCACUGCGGAGUGAGCUGGCCCUGCUGAAGGCGGACAACGAACGCGCGGCACUUUGCCAGGACCGUCUCAAGCGCAGCGUGCGCCUCUCAGCGCGUGCAGCCAGGGUAGUUGCCCUGGAGCGGGAUGUAUUUACGACACUGGGCGAGCUUUUCACCGCGCUGCUGAGGGCCGGUGAGGACUGGCUCACCACCCUGCAGAAGGUGGAACUUUCGCCUGCGGUAAAACACGUAGGCUGCGCCGCUGGCACCGACACCACCGGUCUGCAGGCGGCAGAGGAGGUGGAGGAGGUGAGGUUGCGAAGCGAAAUCCGAGAGCAGGGCGAGGCACGAUGCGAGGCGGCGAUGGCGCGUCAGACGGCUGAGGUGCGGGCGCACUCGACGCGGGUGUCGGUGGCGGCGCUCCGUCAGGGGCUCCACGAAUUGCAGACUAAAUGGAACUCACAGCGGGAGGAGGGGCAUCAGCGGCAGUUGUCGUUGCUGCACCUUGAGGCUGCGGCGGUCAAGGCGGAGUCGCAGUAUGCGAAGUUGCGGCUGAAGUACGCCAGGCGGUUCGUGUCACGUCUUCAGCUUCACUCUUCUGAAGGCAACGAGAGUGGGGGUGAUUUUGCGCGGGCGUUGCCUUCUGCUGCGGCGUCCGCUAAGGAGCGCAUGGACGAGGCGUUUGCGCGGCUGCGGUCCAUUGUUGUUAACUACGAGACGGACCUCCCCAAGUUGAAGCAACUCAAUCGCAUUUUGAGGCGGGGCGUCGUCGCGGCGGUUCCCUGCCCCAGAGGGGAGCAGCUAUUCAGAGAAAAGCACCAGGAAAUCAAGACGGCUCUGCUACCGUGCUUUUCUCAAGGUGAAGAGCGAGACGCGUUCCGCAGCGUUGCGCACCACGGCGUGCAGUGGCCGUUGACGUUGGCUCGGCUGAAGAGCAGCUUUCCGUCGCAUUGCGUGGAGCCGGUCCACAAUGCGCUGCUGACACUUGUGCUUGUUUGGGGGCAAUUCGCCCCGGCGGAGCGGCAGCGGACGUGCACGACGAUGGGUGACUUGGCUGUAAACGCCCACCUGCUGCUCAUGGUAGCGAACUACGUGGAGUCGCGACGCCGCCGCAGGUGA